AUAAAACCGAGGACCAGGUCCCAGUGCCCGUGGGGUGGCUUGCUGGUAAACUGCAUAUAAACUUCUGUGCGGCUGCUCCUCGGCUGCCAUCUCUGUUCAAGGGACAGCCGCGGAGAUUUGCUGCUCAAUAGAAGAACGGUACGGACGGCAUCGUCGCGCUCGGCUAUGUCGCUAGGAAGAUGUGGGACAAGCUGUGGGUGCUCUUCGGGUCGCUGGCCACUGGCCAAAUGCAUUCAAGCCUCAUCCAUUCCUCCCCGAGAGCACCCGACUGCCGCAUCCCCCGGCUAUCCGCCCUGCCGCAACCUUGAUAACGGACCCUUAUUUGAUACUGCGUACCUGUCACCGAGGAGAUGGCGGCCAUGUCCGCGCUAGCCGGAAGCAUUUCCCUCCACUCGCUCACCUCCACUUCAGCUUUCUCUCUACCGAACUCUUGUCAGAUCAUCUCAAAGGCAAAGCUGCAGCCUCAGAGCGUAUGCCAACCACAUGCUAGCAUUGGCGGACCUGCGGAUACUCCGCACUCAGACAACUCUUCGAUGGGCUCGGGCACUCGCAACACAGGCCAAAUCACCGGAUGAUGGCUGGCAGACAGUCAUUGGUCUCGAAAUCCAUGCCCAGAUUAAGACAGGGCGAAAGCUAUUCUCAAAAGCAUCAACUUCAUAUGGGCAUGUGCCGAAUACGAAUGUCGACCUUCAUGAUGCUGCCUUUCCUGGUACUCUUCCGAAACUGGACCUUAAAGCUGUUCAACUAUCAAUUAUGACCGCGCUAGCCUUGAACUGCGAUAUAAAUCCCCGCUCGACAUUCGACCGAAAGCACUACUUUUACCACGACAUUCCAUCCUCAUACCAGAUAACUCAGCACUACAAUCCACUCGCCCGGAACGGCCACCUCCAAAUAGCCAAAGGCGACAAUGCCUCCCCACGCACCUUCUCCGUCGGCAUUCACCAGCUCCAAAUUGAACAAGACACUGCCAAAUCACAGACCGUCGGUGACUCUGUCCUAGUAGAUCUGAAUAGAGCUGGUACGGGGUUGAUGGAGAUCGUAACAAAACCGGAUAUGCGCACGCCAGAGGAGGCUGGGGCGUUUGUGAAGAAAUUGCAAGGACUGCUGAGAAGAGUCGGGUCGGCGGAUGGUGAUAUGGAAAAAGGGAAUCUGAGAGUCGAUGUGAACGUUUCUGUCCAUCAAGACGGUAAACCGUUCGGAACCCGCUGUGAGGUGAAGAAUAUCAACUCUGUCCGCUUCCUCCAAGCAGCCAUCGAGUCUGAGCGUCGACGACAUAUCGCCCACUAUACCUCCUUCCCUUCCACACCCAUCCUCCAAGAGACCCGCGGCUUCAAUGAACUCACCCUGGAGACUUUUUCUCUCCGCUCCAAAGAGGAGGCUACAGAUUACCGCUAUAUGCCGGAUUCCAACCUGCCCGCUAUGAUCAUAGAACCUGAGUAUCUGAUAGAGCUGAGAGAAGGUUUGCCAGAGAUGCCGUGGGAGAGCGUGAAGCGGCUCGGGGAUGAUUACGGAGUGACCAAGAGAGAUGCCGAGACGCUCUUGGGUCUGGACGAGUAUCACGCCACAGGCAUCGCUUACUAUGAGCAAGUUGUCUCGGGUGAGAACAAGAUUGCCAAAAAGGCUACAAACUGGCUCGUCCAUGAGCUCUUGGGUCAACUGGGAAAGGUUGAUAGGGAAUGGACGCCGCAUGUCGUCCCAGCGCCGCUCAUGCGCGAGCUUGUACUUGCCGUCGAAGGACGAAAGAUCACGGGUACUACCGGCAAAGCUCUCAUCAAACAUUUUGCCUCCUUAUCCCCUUCUUCCGAACUCCCCGCCACCCUGGGUCCCAUUCUCGACCAGCUCGGCCUGACCCCGUCCCUUGAAACUUCCGAGGAUCUCUCAGAAACAUGCAGGAAAGCCCUCGCCAACCAGCCAAAGGCGGUUGCGGAUUUCAAAAAGGGCAAUGAGAAAGUAGUGAUGCGUCUGGUUGGAGAGGUUAUGAAGAUCUCUAGUGGCCGAGCAGAUGCUAUGAAGGCAAAAGAGUGUCUUCUAGAGUUGCUGAAGGAGUAGAUGAGAGAAGAAAAGAAGUCUUGUACUCCAUGUCUUUCCAGUACUUGGCAUGCUCGUCGCUCGUCGCUCCCUUUCCAGCUCCUGUCCAUCGAGCUGAGAGGGCCCUCAUGACGUCCCCGUGUGAGGCCGAAGGCAUCGCCGCCUUGGCAUUCUUCAUAUUCUCCUUCAGGUAUACUAUUGCACAUUAGCUGCGUAGCAAGCGCGCUCACAUCCUGUCACGUACGCUGGAACCCGGAGGC